UAGCCGCUUAGAGACGGCCACUAGAAGCCAUCCUCAAAUCUCUCCCUAGCCGGCCCUCACUCUCUCCAUUUCUUUUCUCUUCUUCUUCCCUUUUAAAACCACCCUUUCAUUGGACCUAAGACACUCAGUUCAUUCAUUCUCUCUGUUUCUCUCUGUUUUUUGAACUUUCAUUUUAAUGGGGAAGAUCUCACAGAAAAACACUGCAAACCCAAAAACAACAAAGGUAAAACGGACUCGAAAAAGUGUGCCCAGAGACUCUCCUCCCGGACGCAGCUCCAUUUACAGAGGAGUCACAAGGCAUCGAUGGACGGGUCGCUAUGAGGCUCAUUUGUGGGAUAAGAAUUGCUGGAAUGAGUCACAGAACAAGAAAGGAAGACAAGUAUAUCUUGGUGCAUAUGAUGAUGAAGAAGCUUCUGCACGUGCGUACGACUUGGCAGCAUUGAAGUACUGGGGAAAGGACACUGUCCUCAAUUUUCCAUCAUCAAAUUAUCAAGAAGAACUUAAAGAGAUGGAAGGUCAGUCCAAGGAAGAAUAUAUUGGAUCUUUGAGGAGAAAAAGUAGUGGAUUUUCUCGCGGGGUCUCGAAAUAUAGAGGAGUAGCAAGACAUCAUCAUAAUGGGAGAUGGGAAGCUCGCAUUGGGAGAGUUUUUGGGAACAAGUAUCUCUACCUUGGAACAUAUGCUACCCAGGAAGAAGCAGCCACAGCAUAUGACAUGGCAGCGAUAGAGUACCGGGGACUUAACGCCGUCACGAACUUUGACUUGAGCCGUUACAUAAAAUGGUUACGCCCCGAUAACCAAACGAAACUUAACAGUGACGGCCACCAAGAAAUUACUAACGGAGACGUUAAUCGGUCCGCAAAACCUAACGACGAUGGACUUGCUUUUACCUUAUUGCCCCUCAACCAAAACCCCAAUUCUACCGAAACAGCCCAGCAGCUUCCACCAAGACCAACCGGCGGGGGCGGAGGAUCCGCCUCAUCGGCGCUAGGCCUUCUCCUGCAAUCCUCGAAAUACAAGGAAAUGCUUGAGAAGACAUCGGCGGCUGACUCCCCAUCAACACCGCCGGAGUCCGACCAGCCACGCCGGAGCUUCCCCGAGGACAUCCAGACCUACUUUGAUUGCCAUGAUUCCGGCAACUACACCGAAGGUGAUGACAUUUUUCUUGGUGAUUUGAAUUCGUUUACUUCGCCGACUUUUCGCUUUGAGCUUGAUGCGUAGGGAAGAUGAUGGGAAUAGACAUCUGAAAUUCUUUCUUUUCUUUUUGUCAUUUACUUCUUUUGCUUUCUCCAGAAUUUUGAAGAGAAGAAAGUUUGCUAAUUUUUAUUGCUUCAUGACUUCAUAUCUAUUAACUUGUAAAUUUAGUUGGAUCAUGUAAACAUUUGUUCAUCAAAACAUUUCUCUUAAUAAGAAAAUUUUAAUUUCUCUUGCA